AUGAAAUUAUUGAAUAAGAACAUCGACCGGUACGCCUCGGGCAGUAUCACAUUAGUAGCCGAAAAUGAGGAGGACAUGUGGCUCACCUACAAUUUAGUCCAGGUGGGAGAUAGUUUUCGCUGCUCCACCGUCCGCAAAGUGCAGACGGAAUCGUCAACCGGCAGUGUAGCCUCCAAGCAGAUCCGCCUGAACCUCACUGUCGCGGUGGAGACCAUCGACUUCGACACCCAGGGUUCAGCCCUGCAUCUGAAGGGUCGUAACACGGAGGAGAAUCAGUAUGUCAAGAUGGGAGCCUAUCAUACCCUGGCUAUUGGCAUCAACGACAAGUUCACCAUCACUAAGCAGGAAUGGGACAGCGUGUCGCUGAUGUUGGUGGAGCAGGCGGCGGAUCCAACGCAACAGGCUGAUGUUGCCACAGUGGUGAUGCACGAAGGUUUGGCUUAUGUAUGCCUUCUUACCAGCUCCACUAUGCAUGUGCGUGCGAAGAUUGAAUGCACCAUCCCCCGCAAGCGUCCCAACCUGCCCACAACUCAGCAUGACAAGGGCAUCGCUCGUUUCUUCGAUCAAAUUAUCCAGGCCAUAGAGCGUCACGUGCGCUUUGAUGGUAUGUUAUCGGGUCCCCAUAUUUAAACCUUUCUGUCAUUUCUGUCUAUGCAACUGCUUUUCUAUGGUGAGGAAAGCGUUUUUAAAGCGCUUGUGCACGUACACUAUAUAUUGGCCUUCGCCUCUUGCAAUAUGUAGUACUGUAGGCGGUGCUGGGAGACAUAUUUAAAGACCCAAACUGUGGAAUUCAGCAUUAAAACCAAUUUCUCGUGGAUUUGAGCAAAUAGGCAAUUUUUACAACUCUCUGUAACAAAUUUAGUGGUUGCUGCUGCCUGUCCUGAGACUUCAUUUGUAGGCCUUCAGACAGAGACAAGGCAAAAUGGCCUUGCCGAUUUAUCCAGUUUUUGUUGAACAUCUAAGCAUCGGUGUGUUCCCUGUCUAUUUUACUGUCAGUUUGCACUGGAGAAUUUGACCUUAUGACUAACAGGAACAAGCACACUACGCCUCGACUCGAAUGUCAUCCAUUUAUAUUUAAGUCCACACCCUAUUUAACUGGUGCCUGCAUGCUCGCGCGUAGAGUACGCCGCUUUAAGAUAUCAAAUUCCUGUUCUGGAGUCUCCGCUAUCGGGGUAUAAACUGGCUCUGAGGGGGCUUGACUCUCAUUACUGCAGGUUGUUCUUCAUUUUCCUUAAAUCGACCACACGUUCGACAUCGCGGACGCAAAGGGGAUUUUUCCGGUAAUUGAAUAUGCCGAAGACCCCAACUAGGCAGAAUAACUCGGAAUGUUUGCAUCCCCUAGAUAUCACUGACGAGCUCUACAAAUUUCUCAAGUUUGCAAACCUGAGGGUUAUCCAAUCAAUAAUCCUCCGCAAAACGACUGUACUGCCGCUGACGGUUCGAUUGGAGACGGGAAUAAGCACUCCCCCCCGUGCUACAGGUGGCCACGUCCUAAAUUCCGUGAGGGCACCUAUCCCUGUGUCCUAACUUUAUCCCCAACACUAACCUUAGCUCUCUGAUCCCCACCACUAGCCCUCAUAACCCGAAUCUUCCCCUCCUAACCCUAACUCGCAUGCAAUUUAGUGGAAAGCCACCUGAGUAUGGGGGGUCCGCAUUUCUGUGCCCCACAAAAAGUUCUUUUUGGUAAAUUAUGCAACAGCCACUGAAAGUGUGCGGCCGACGGGAAUUAUUUUAACUUUUUGUUGCGGCUCGGAAACGCUACCCUCCUUGGUCAACAAAUUCUCACCUUCGUACUAUUGUUGAUUUCGGCUGUUGUAGUACUACCUGCCGAUACCUUUAAUUUGAGGUACUUCGCGGACUGCUGCGACUAUGAUUUACAAUUAAGUUAGAGUUUUACGGUUAGGAUUUAACGUCUGCGGCUUAGGGCUAAGGUCGGGGUCAGGGUUCAAGGUUAGCUUUGGGGUUAGGGUUUAAUGUUGGUAUUGUGUAAUUAUUUACCAUACUGGCAACACAGGUAGAAGCUAAAAGCCCAGACACGCGUGUUCAGCCAAUCUUCUGCUGUUGUCCGACGCAGCUGCGAAGGGUUCGACUCAUCAGUGGGUCCCCCAACCUUCCCCGAGUGUUUUGUGGUAUAUGGACUCCUGUUUCACUCUGCCUUGUUUAAUUUCCGAGAAAAUGCGCGAACUUGGAGUUAAUCCUUCGGAACAGACCUUCUCAGGCACGGUCCGAAAUUUGAUGUUAGUGUUGGUGUUUAGGGCUAGGGAGUCAUUCGGCACCCACUUCCCACAACUUCCGUCUACGGCGUACGUCUGAUUGGUCACAUUCUUGACGGGCCAAUCACUCCUAUUUUUCGUGGAAUUAUUUUUACUGGUUGCCUGCCGUGAAGUUUUGUAUUGCGCGCUGCUCACGCUGAGAUUUACUACCCCAAUAAAACAGACCAGCAUAUUUACCUAUAGUACUUGCGUUUUUUUCCAUAGUUUUUGAACAUUCACUGUUCUCCUGCAGCCCCACCACGACUCCCAUAUCGGAUGUGCCUGUGCUUCCCUAUUUUCCAGCAGUACCGCGUAUCCGAACUUUGCCAACCUUUUGUCAAGCGGCAUGAUAGAGAAAGGCGGCGGAAUGCCACUGAUACUCCCUAUACAUUUAUUUGCGCCAUACAAUUCUCAGUGCGGUAAAACCAACUGGCGUUAGCCAACCAUAUUAGUGCUGUUUGUGGUGAGGAAUCCCAACAAUUUAUAAACCAAAAAUGUGUUCCUAGUUUUUUUAAAGUGAAAAUUAUUUUCAAACUUGACCCCACCUGAUUUCAUUGAAUCAUAAAUCCGCAUUUUCUCAUGUAAAAGGACACUUCGUGGGAAAUUUUUUACUUCGCCCUAAAACUUCUUCAUAGCGGAAUGCAUUUGAUCCUGAACUGCGACGUUUAUCAUAACACGACGGCUACGCACAUAUUUUUACCCUAAAACAUCCUGUCCUUCCUUAAUCCAAAUAAUUUUUCUCUACGCAAUGCAAGUCUGGUAAACGAAAUUUCAACGUCCGUGCAUUUCAUCAGUUGGAUCACCCACUAGAAACGUUUUACUUCCCUGAGCGGCUGACAAGACUGCCUUCUACUGUUUUAACUUGUAUCUCCCUCUCAGUUGUCAAGUGCGUCAUUGUGGCCAGUCCGGGCUUCCUGCGUGAACAGUUCUUUGAAUACCUCUUUCAAAUGGCUACCAAGGAAGAAAAGCGGGUCUUUUUGGACAACAAGGGCAAAUUCAUGCUGGUGCACUCAUCGUCAGGUCACAAGCAUGCCCUGAAGGAGGUUCUCAGCGAUCCCUUGGUACUCAGCAAGAUAUCCAACACGAAGGCCGCUGCCGAGAUCACCGCUCUUAACGACUUCUACCAGAUGCUCAAGGUGGACUCCUCAAGGGCCUUCUAUGGGUAGGCUUGCACUAACUCCCUACCCUUGAGGGCGUUUUGUUUACCCUAACUGCUUUCACUACCCUCGAGAUGGCAGAUUCUUUUCCUGUUUCGGGUUUCGAAUUCUGACUGCCGUCCUCAAUGCGCCGAUUUCAAUGUCGCAAAACGACCUACUUCUGCAAAGCGAACCAGUGAGAGGCACUGCUAGAACCUCGACGUUAUUGUGCUGUUGACGCCUCGGUUUGACCUCACUUUUCGAUACUGUGUUCUGUGUGACCGCACGUGCAAGUUUGAUUGUGUCGACCACUGCCAGAAAUUGUCCACCACAUCGCUAGGCCGUCAAACCCACGUCUUGUGACAGAGUAGCAUGAUGUUUGUGUGCAUAUGUGGAGGGUGCAGAUUGUUGAUGUGAGACCCAUUUGAAGCCGAGCAGCCCUUUUCUCCACAAAAUAUCGCUCUGCGUUUUACCUUCUUCCUAACUCGCUGACCUGUCUGAUCGUUUACCAUCCGUUCCUUAUGCUGGUACCCGAGCACGGUCUUCGGUUCCUUAUUCACUUGUUUCAACCCCGCUAGUUCGCAGCCAGAUGCGCUUCAGGGUUCCCUCUGUUUUCUUUACUAGGUUGCGUUUUUGACAAACUUCGACUGCAAUAUCUUUAAACAGUGACGAGGCAAAAAUCAGCCUUACCUUUUUCGAACGUUUUCGCACAGUGCGGAAAUUACAGUUCUGUUUGCCCUAUAUCUCUCCAUAGAGUUAUUGUGUGGAUGAAUUCUACUCACCUGCAUGGUCUCGCUAACGAAGUUCUUUAUUUUCAAAUAAACAGUGUUAGGCUCGGAGGCUUUUUAGCUGCGAUCCUUUAUCUGACGUUAUUAAAGACCUUUAGUGGUCUUCACCAAGUCGGUUACUUGUUUCAGUUUUAAUGUUCUUUUGAGGUUGUGGGAAUUCUCUGCAUUUAUUCCGGUACUGCCCACCGAAACCGUAGUAAUCGUGACCGAGUCCGUCCACCGUGUGCUCCACAUCAGGGUGAGAACAGGGACGAUAACUUGUGCGUGAAUUUGUUUAUAGUGGUGUAGACUUACGCAGAGUCUACUGCACUCCCUCCCCCUCCCUCGUCUGCGUCCGGUGUCAUGCCAGAGUCAAGAAGACCGGCGGCAAGAGAGUACCCUGCUGGCUGACACGUCGACAAUCCGCACCUAGGCGUACCACCACACCUCUCAUUCCACAACAAACACACUGACUAGGAGUUUUUGCAAACGGGCUACACGGUAGAUUCGCUGGACCAACACGAAAGCUAGAUCGGGGUCCGUCAGGCGUUAUUGGGGAUGUGGUAGUAGGCCCAGGUGCAAGCCCACACCGCACCAGCUGGGACUCGGGCCGCUUCCCUUUUUUCUUGCUGUGUAGAACCUCUCUCUCACUCCCUUUUCUCACAUAUCCGCCUCCUCCAUUCCUCUGCCAGAGUGAAGCAUGUGGAGGCGGCGGUGGAGGCUUUCGCUGUAGAAACUCUGCUCAUCUCCGACGCCCUCUUUCGCUCGAAGGAUCUGGCAGCCCGGAAACGCUUUGUGGGCCUUGUCGACUCAGUGAAGGAAAACCAGGGCAAUGUGCGCAUAUUCUCCAGUCUUCACGUCUCUGGUGAACGUAAGUGGCCUGUACAGCCUUUCUACUGCUCUCUCGCCUCCCCCCUGCACGCGGUUAAUCCCAUAAAGCUUGACCUGUAAUUCGGGCCAUAAAACGUUGCCUUGUGGCAAUGACUAGCGUGGGCGGAUGACGUAGAAGACCAAGCAAAUGAGUGAAGGCCUUUCGGACCAGAGAAGUAGAUUACUCAAGUUCGUCGGGACUUUUGCGUGCAUCAAGGUCGCGACUGAUGAUGGGCACCACUACCUCGGGAUGGGCGGUGGUGACUUCCGCGCGGAUAGGAUUCUAGCAAGGUAGAUUUGCGAUGCAACUGUCCGUACCCGCUCUAAAGGCAAAACUAGAUGAAGCACAUCGUUGACAGGCAUCAGCGCAGUAUCUGACCUGCCUACGCAUGCCACGGCACGGCUGGCCCCCUUUAAAUCAGGUUUCACGUACAUUCACUGGAGAGACCUACCGGCUACCUUCAUUCUGUUUCUCCUCAGAACAAAACAGCUACCAGGGCAUAUCCGCCGCGCCUGACAAAUUAAAACUGGGCGUUAGGUGGGAGCGGACUAGAAUGUCCAGAUCUUGCACUCUGCCAUCUGGUACGACCGCCAGCCCGCCCAUGGUUGCCCGGUGGAAGGUUGGCCCGACAAUUCCGAAAGACGAGACGGAAUAGCCGUAAAGAAAGGCCGCGACCCUGCCUGGGGCCCACCUAUGCUGUUUUUCCCUUGUCUUUCCACCGGCAUCGGUACCAUCCGCUUAUUACUGCAGGCGGGUUAUUGUUCACAAGGGGCUGCCGGUACUGUAGUUUCCUGGUUGACGGUUGAACUUGUGACCCCGAUUUAAUCCUUCAGGUUACUGACCGACAAAUUGAACUACCCGCAAAGGAGGAUUGAUUCACUGUUGCGCGCUCACUUCUGAAAGCCCAUUGUUAAUUGCUUCAGAUGCCCCACUGCCAAAUUGGUGUCCACGCGGCAGGGUGAAGUCCACACUGUCCCUUGGGUCGAUACGACUCGCAUAGCUUUGCAGGCCUUCAAAGGUGCCUAUGGACUCGCACCAACGUCCCACUCGCCUCAGACCCACGGUGUUCCCUCUUAACUACUGCGUCGGCUUCACCAGAUAUGCUGUCUCUGAUCGUCACCCAUAGAAUGAGCCUCUAUCACGUGAGGCAAGUCAUAACUGAAGCAGCAGGAAUUGCUGCAAAUCGAAAUUCACACAUUUUCAGCCGCCUUGGCUGCUAAUCUCUCUCUAUCUCUCUAUCGGGUGGCUUGCUAUGGAAAGGAACUAGUUACAGUAGAUAUGCUAUCUCGUGGGAUGUUAACCGAUAUUGUGAAACGCAUUUUCGACUGGAUAUGAUAAAUUAAGUAUGGUUGUAACGUUAGUUUUCCUGCAGCAUAAUCGCAAGAUAUUUCGGACACGUUAGGCUACCGGCUUUUAAGCUAGGUUCUUUCCGGCCGUCCGCAAAAACUACACUGCGAAAAUGGCUACUUAAGUAGUAUGAAUUUUCUCCAUUGAUUUUCGAUGCUUUUAUAAUGUCACACGUAUUUUAUAGAAAACGCAUGCAAACAUCUGUCUUGGUAGCAAAUUGCGUCUUGUCUAAAAUUUAUGCUUAAGGGAAGAACACAAUUCGGUUUCAAAUUUUUUUCCAAUUCUCGAAUAAUUUUGAACGCGGCCUACCGUUGCACUUGCAUCCGGGCUUUCCAAACUACAAAUCCAUAUUUUCCCUGUAAGGAAAAUAAUGCGUGUCUAUAAGCUAUUAAGAAGGUACCAUACAGAAUAUUCAGUGGAUUUGAACCACACUGCAUACUUUACAAGCAUUAUUAAUAAAUGUGGUGAUGUAAUAUUUUAUAAAUAGGCAUUCCAAGGUCUUGAAAAAUCGCAUAAUUAGAGACUUUUUGAAAAACCGAAAGACUCUCCCUUCAAGCAUAUAAUUUAAAUAAGACGCCAUCUUCUACCAAGGGAAUAAAAAAGCUAAUGUUUGAUGCAUGUUUUCUACAAAAUAUAUUUGAGUUUAAAAAGGCGUCAGAAAUCAAUGGCGAAAACGCAGACUGCAUAACUAGCUAUUUUUGCUGAGUGUAGUUUUUGCAUAUGGUCGAAAAAAGCUCGUCCAGAAACCGACAUCUUGACGUGACUGAAAUAUAGUGCGUUUAUGCUGCAGGGUACUUAAUAUUAAAACCCCGCUAAAGUCAUAUUUUUGAAUCGAAAACGCAUUCCAGAAUUUCGGCGAACAUUUCACGAGGUAGCACAUCCGCUGUAUUUUUAAACCUGAAGUCCAUGUAUACCAAACAAACCACGUGGCUAAAUGUCAGGGACUCACCGAGGAGCCUCAAUUCCCGUUAAACGGCAACAGAAUAGUCGAUGAAAAAUUUGUUCGUGGUUCUAGCCACUACCUCUGCUGACGCUAUAGGUAAUCAGUCCCAGUGUCGUGUAAAAUCCAAAACGUUUACGCUACUUUUGAGCGGACUGAAACGCAAACCGUAAACGGCUCCUUCCUCGAAAGUCACAUGUCUAAACUGAGAUUUCACUGGAAAUCUUGCAUAAGCCUGAAUUCGCCUUAUUUUGAGUACCGGUUCAUAAUUUAUCCUUGGUAAAUUCACCCCUUUUAAACUUCCAAUGCAUGCAUCAAUACUCAGUUUAUCAGAAUAGUGAUAUUCCUUCUGGCCAGACCCAAAUGGCCUUUACAUUCUAGCUGUGAGGGACAGUUUCUGCAGCGUGGAUUUUAUUGUGUACAGUGGUAUCAUUGGAAAGAAUAGGAAUAGACGAAAGUGGCGCCGCUUCUAAAUGCAGCAGCAUUAGUCGUACUCUUCUCACCAGUAAUACCAUUCCUCUCAGCGCCAGCCCAAACUUAGUUGUUAUAGUUUUUUUUCUUUCCUGCAGGAGUAUACUUCUCAUCGUAAAUACCCGUGUCUGCAGUUAACUUAUCCUCACAUAUUCUUCCACACUGCCCUUCCCAGAGCUGAACCAGCUGUCCGGUAUCGCGGCCAUCCUCCGUUUCCCAAUUCCAGAACCGGAGUCGGAUGAUGAGGACUCCGAUGAGGAGCAGGAGGACCAGGGGAAUCAACUGAAGCCCGAUGAAGCAGGCCCCAGCCUAUCGGCCGCUGCCGCCACCUAG